UAAAGUUGGAGAACAAUGCUCGCGAAUGGCAAGGAAAUUUGAGUGCAGCGUGCAUUGGCCCCCCAGUUCUAUGUUUUGGAUACGUCUUAACGCGGUUACAACGUGGUGAUUCCGUGCGACAUUAAGAGCCCGGAGGCGCGCUAUGUGCUCGCCGCGGAGACGGGGCUGACAUUUAGAAUAUUUUCAUCGUUCCCGAUACUUUCGUGGUAUUGGUCUCUCGCUAUCGUGUUCGUCUAUCAGUCGACUGCUGACAACCGUGAUUCCUCCAUGCGUAGGAAUCCGAUCGGUUGGCCCAAUUAAAUGACUGAAAACGUGCGAAACCGACGGUCACCAGAACGUUUACCAUCGGGGAAAUAACACGAUCCAACGGACAUGCCUUCCACGGGAACGAUAUCGUGCACCGUUCUUUAAGGACAGGUUCAGUGCACCGGUCGACGAUAUCUCGUUGUUAACCUCAACGAUUUCUGUAUGCAUCGUUACUCCGCGCGCCGCGGACGAUAAUAGUGACCAUGCGUCUGAUUUUCGUACAGCUGACCAAGGUCUGACAGGAUAAUCCAUCCGAGAAGCUUCAAACAUGAAAACAGAAAAGAAGCCCAACGAACCAAGUUGCGUACCUAACACUGUUGUCAAAGAGGAGCCAGACACUGAUCCGGUCAAGAUCAAGGAAGAAGGUACCGGAGGUAAUAAUGAUGAUACAACUGGAGAGGAUACAACAGAGUGUCCAAGGGAUCCAUGUUUGGAUCCUUCUAACGGAGAAGGUACAUUGCCAGGAGAGAAUCAAAAUAGCAAUGCAAAUCAGCCAAUUCUGAAUUCUGUGAAGCAGGAAGGAGAUCAUAAUAAUCCUACGGACGAUUUACCUGAUUGCAGUGGCAAUGUAAUCACCGCGGAUGGAAUUCAGCCACUAGUCAGUAAUGUCCUUGGAAAACAAAUGGGAACUAGUACAGGAAGCGGUGAAGCUCAAUAUAUGCAACAACAAAGUCAGAUUUUUGUAUUUUCUACGACGUUAGCGAACAAAGGUGCGGAUGCUGUGUUGCAAGGGCAAUAUCCGUCAAUUAUCGCUUAUCAUUGCGCGCAGCCGGGCACUAAAAAGUAUUUAGAGAAACAUCCGAACAAAGUAAACCAGUUUCGUCAGAAUCCCGCGCAAUGGUUGAACAAUCUUGCAAUGAUGAAACAAAAAAGUCAUCAGGGAGGCGCGAAUAAUACCUUUCCGACUGAACAACCACCCGAUCUGCCAGCUCUCGACCCUAACGCCCCUCCAUUUUGGAACGAACAGCCCAAUCUGAGAAACAUAAACGGUGGCAAUUCUCUGGGUAACUCCGAACCGUCGCUGGAUGAUGCAAAUAUAGAUGUGCCUUGCCUUGUACCAAGCUCACCUGGUAAUUCAGCAAAUCCACAACCUCCUAGUAGUACAGCGAUGGGCCAUAGUCCCAGUUUAUUAGGAGGUACCACCAGUCCAGGCCCGGGCAGUUUGCAACCAUCGUUACAAGGCGUUAAAGUUCCCGAUGAAAAUUUAACCCCGCAACAAAGGCAGCAUAGGGAAGUUCAAUUAGCGACCAUAAGGAAAAUGCAAAUGAUGUUAUUUCCUGAACACAAAGAAGAUCCUACUAAUCCAUUAGAUGCAACGCAAGGAACAGCAGUAUCAUCAUGCCCCCCGACAAACGUUCCUUCGGUUGUGCCGACUCAGUGCCCUCCAACCAUGGAUUGGCAUAAGCUACAGCAUCAAUUUUUAGAUGGAAAGAACAAGGCCAGUGUAGGAAGUCCUGGUGCUGGUGUUCCGUUACGUGGUGCUGGUAUGGUUGGAGUCCCUCGUAGUCAAGGACCACCACCCCCGUAUCAUCAAACGACCCGAUCCGCGAGCGUGCCAAUUGCAAUACAAAGUCCGAAUCCAUCCUCACCUAACAAUCCGACUAGUAAUUUGUCGUUACCAUCGCCGCGUGCAAGUUCAGCGUUAAAUUCACCGGCAGACUGCAACAGACAGUUUCAACUUAGUAACCAGAGAACGAGCCAUUUACCAGGACAAAGUCCGACCAGUCAAGAUUCUCCAAAUCCAACAGUUGGAAACGCAACGGCCGUAUCCACGACAAGACUAAAUCACAGCAAUCCGGGAACGCCAGUUUCUCACUCGCACAUCUCGACGCUCAGUCCCAGCGGAACGGCCACUCAAAAAGAUUCUUCUUUAGAUUUUCCCGCCAGUCAACCACCUAAUGUGGAUGGUAUGUUUUGCCGCACGCUGCAAUCCUUAGCCCAACAAAAGCAACAACAUACUGGAGCAGUGAAUGCAGCAGGUGUUAAGGAGGCCAAUUUGAUGCCAGUUCCAAGUCCUCAGCAGAUUCAAUAUCUGAACACGUUCGAGGGCCAGGAAUUGACUAUACAAAAACAGCCAAAUACGAGUCUGAAGGAUGGCAAUUUAUCUACAAACGCGAGCAGCAACACCGAGAUACCAAACAGAAUUUUACCAGGAAAUUUGGACAGCAGUAAUCAAUUUUCAGCUAGAUCGGAGGGCGCGAGUCCAGUUCAGAUGGAUAGCAUGAGCCGUGGAUUUACGGGCUCCUUGCACAGUCCACACACUCCUCAUACUCCACAUACACCGGGUAAUGGUGCUCCACAUACACCGGUUGAUCCUGGGAAACCUGGGAAUAAAUCGAGUGCAAGUGCACAAAGUAGCCCAGCAUCACAUAACACGAACAUGCCAGACAGUAUGGGUCCUCCGAGAACAAUCCCAGCAUCGCCUACCACAAAACCCGAUACAUCUCCACCAUCGACGAAAGAUACUCAACAGCAGCAAACUCAGUCUCAGCAGCAGCAGCAGCAGCAACAACAACAACAACAGCAGCAGCAACAACAGCAACAACAACAACAGCAGCAGCAACAGCAACAGCAGCAGCAACAGCAACAGCAACAGCAACAGCAGCAGCAGGUGCAACAGCAGCAGCAGCAGCAGCAGCAGCAACCUCAACAGCAAUCAUCAGUAGUGAAUCAAAGUAAUUCAGGAAACCCAACAGUAGUACCUUCGCUAGGGGGAGGUCCGGGCCCCUCGUUCCCUUGCGGUAGGCCAUCCAUAAAUGUGAGUCAACCUUCAGACAAUGUGCCUCUUAAUCCCAACAAUAUCGGAGGUCGACUCGGCAGUUUGACCGCCAUGAGUACAAAUCACUUUGAUCCUAUAACUUCCCUGGCUCAGAUGAGCCAACAACUCACCAACACAGCGGCCAGCAAUUCGUUAGGUAACGAGGGACCCAUUCAUUCCGGCAACACCGGGAUGAUGCAAUUCGGUAACCCGCACGGCAUGCAUAUGAUGCAAAUGGGCGGCGAGAUGAACGGGAGCUGUCACAUGGGCGGCCCAACCAGUGAACCGGGCGAAGUGGGAGGAAUGUGCAUGGGUCUGGCGGGGCCACCGACCAGCUAUAGUCCUACGACGUCGCACACGGGAAGCCCCGGUGUGCCCAGUAAAAUGGGGCAUCCGAUCAUGGGUCAUGGCAUGAUGAGCGGCCAUUCGGGUAACGCUGGCGGCGCGUAUCCGGGUGGUGAUCCUCACGCGCCGCCGCCAAGAUUGAUGACCGGACAUCUAACCGGUCCCAGUCCCUACAACGGGGCGAACGUGCAAGUGAAACCAAGCGCCCCGAACACAAUACAAUAUUUACCGGCGAGGCCGAACGUCGGUCACACGCCCAGGGGACCCCCUAGCCUGGACUUCCUUCAACGAUUCACGAAUCCCCUCUCUAAUUUGGAGUCAAAGAUGGGCACACCCUCUGUAAAUCUUCAGUACUUCCCGAACGGUUGUGUACCAAAUAGUAUGGGCCCGCACGGCGGCAUGCCAUCGGCCAUGAGCGGCGGACUGCCCGGAAUGGGUGGCUCGCCGAGGAUGGACGGCCAGUCGAUGAACGCGUCGGUCGGCGUGCAUCCCUCGAUGAGACCAGUGGGCAACAUGAGACCUCAGCCUAACUUAAUGCGAAUGCAGCACAUGGUCGGCGGUGGUGUCUUUCCAGGCAGCUCGAUGGAUCCAGAUAAAGUCUUCCCGCCCGACAUGGUGUCGCAAGUCCCCAAUCAACCGAACCCCGGCAUGUACGUGUCCGGCAGCAAAGGCAGCCCCAUGGGUCUAGGACCCCCUCCCGAGGCGACCCAACCGCUACCGCCGAGCAUGGGUGGUGCUACUAGUAAUUUCAAAAACAGCCCGUUCGUCGGUAGCGGGCCCAGCAUGUCGGAUCCAAACUAUGCUCAACAAUUCCACAACUUCCAACAGCAACUAUAUGCCACCGGCACGAGAGGUAGCGGGCCGCCGCAUCCUAAUUUACAUCCGCCGCCGAACUCGCAUUCGCAUCAGCAGUUUUUCAUGCCCAAAUAAAACAACGUAUGCUCGAUCGAUCGAGAGAGGGGGAAAGAAAGAAAGAAAUAGAGAGAGAGAGAGAGAGAGAGAGAGAGAGAGAGAGCGAGAGAAAGAAAUAGAGAGAGUGAGAGAGAGAGAAAAAGAGAGAUAUUGAUAUAUCGUAACGGCGAUGAUUACGAUCGUGGUGGCCUUUCACGGUGUCCUUUCGGCGAUUGCGUUUUUACGGGGACAUAAACCUGAUCCGAUCAUGAGAACGGGGAAUAUUUCUGGAGAGUGUACACUUUAUUAUUAAAUUAAGCGAUCUUGUAAAGGACAGAGAUAUGUCGAAUUUGUUAAGGUUCUAAUGUUGAUGUGAUGAUAAUUAUCAAGAAUAAUUACACGUAACCGUUUUACCGUAAUGGUUACCGCGACUGGCGUGUAACGAGACGCUUUUCUCGUUCGAUUCUUUAUUUACGGUGUUGUUUAUGUACGUGUUAUAACCGAUAAGCGUCUUUGAAUUCAUUGAAUCGCGACGUAAACGGGGGCCACGGACGCUAUUUGAUUUAUCCCGCGAUAUGUUAGACAAUUUUAGUCGAUACGACUGUACACUUGACAAUUGUAAAGUAGAACUUACGAUUUUUGUACGUAUAUUGGCGUACGCGUGUACCCUUAUUUCACGCGACGUAACUAGGUAGCAGUGUUUCUUAUUUUACGUGUAUUUAACGCUUUGACGGCCGCUGUCACGCGUAUGUGAUUUUUAUUGUUUCAGUCACCACAUCAACUUAUUACGUUUGUCGAGGUUCAAAUUUUAUCUCGUGUGCUCAUUAUGGUAUCCCAACGUUUAUAAUUCCUUAUAAUAAUAUUCUUAGCAUCUUUGUGUGCCUCACUUUGAUCUAUAGUGUCAAUAUAGAAAGUUAUUUCAAGCUGUUCGUACGAAGUCGAUCGACGAGUCGACUUUAGAACUUAAAAUUGAACAAAUUAACACGUUGGCCGCCACGUCACCCAUAUAUAGAUAACAGAACUUUCCACUAAAAUUAAAAAAAAUUAAUCCUUAAAGCGAGAUAUUAAGGAAAACGAAUCUGAAUGGAUCUCAUGAACUUUGAUAAGGUUACAAGAAUAAGUAUUACGACAAAUUUUUGAUUAAGUGUCUAAAAACAAAAUGUUGAUCUUGUUGAAAAUUUUACGAAUUUGACCUGGCAGUCAACGCGUCAAUCAGAAACUUCGAUUCCCAUAAAUUCAGAAAUAAUAGAUAAUGAAAGUUUCUGAGAAUGAAGAAAUAUACGAAGAUACUGUCUUUGAUAUUUACAACGAUAUCGACGAGCUAUGUGAUUUUAAUAAAAUUGAUAUUUGUACGUUUGCUUAAUGAUAAAAUUAUGCAGAACUAAUAUUUGAAUAUUUAUAAAAUAUUCAGUUUAAAAAUGUCGGGUCGAAAAAAACAGUUAGAGAGCUUCCACUUCGUGUAAUACGUGCGGCCAUUAAAGUGUUAUGGUUGAGCUCAUUUCAACACACACUGUUAUUGUGUUAAUGCAAAAUUACCAUUUGUUAUUUGUCUACUACCGUUAUAUUUGCGUGUUUUAACAAUUUAGAAAAUUAAAUUUUUUGUAACGGAUGACAUUGAACCAAUUUGUAUCGUUUUAGAAUGCUGUGGCAGAAAUCGUUGGUCGAACUUUUUCAAAAACAAGGAAAAAUUCUCGAAGUAAAUCGAUUUUAAAUCUCUACUUAAAACAAGUCCUGGGAAUUGUAAUGAAAUAGAGAAAACCGAAAGAAUUACCGGUAAAUAUACCGGUAUUUUCAUAUAACUGUAUGACGUUGUACCGGUAGUUCGUUGUAUAGGUUUAUAUUUUGGUUUCUGUAAGUAUUACGAAGGUAUAAUCAAAAAAUAGCGAUAUAAGUCUCUGGUUGAAAUACGCUCGACUAUGGCUACGCGUGAAACAAGGAACGGUAAUUGAAACGGGUGUGUCUGUUUAUUAGUAUUACGCGUUCAAACGAGUAGAACUUUAAUUUCACGAGUGCAUGUGAAAUGUGAGGUUCUAUCAUGAAGUCCGUGGGGUUGUAUAACCUGCCGCGCGACGCGACCGCGUCGUCACGUGACUGUUUCGUUCUAAAUCGACUUUCGAGAUUGGUCGCGCGAUAAAUCGUUGCCGCGUCUAUGGCCCCUGUUAAGUCGCUUUAAUGUCUUGCGUCUCCGAAUUUGUUCCGAAUCGUCUUAAAGAGAGUAUCGGUUUUUCGUAUCACAAUUCUCUCUCUGUAAAUUCGAAACUUUUACGAAACGAAAAAAAAAAAUGAAAAGAAAAAAAGAAAGUCGCGUAAAGUACGUUUUACGCGAAUCGUGUAAAUACUGAUGUAAAAUCUGGUUUCUUCGUAGUAAUCGUUAUUUCGUCGAUCGGAAUAUACGAUAGUAACUAAAAGGGAUAAAAAAAAAAAGACACACACUCACACACACACACACAACAUUGCUAGAGACUCGUGGAUCAUUAAAAAAAACGAAAGGUAAGGGAAAAAAAAAAAGUACAGGCGGAUAUGUAUUGUAUCUCCUCUUCCUUUAUUGUUCGAACAAUUGCUCGUGAUAAAGUGAUUGUGCGAGAAUUAACGAAGUAUUCGAAGGAGCGACGCGCGAAAUGAUAUACGCCGGUGAACAUAAUUCAUCAUCCUUCCUCUUUAUCACUAAAUACUUAAAAGAAAGAAAAAAAAACGCAGUCAAGCAAGCUCAAAUUCAUAAUUGUACAUAUAUACGAUAUACAUAUUAUAUAUAUAUAUAUAUAUAUUAUAUAUACCUGUUGCAACAUACUCCUUGCAGUAUCGCCCGUCCCUUUCACCUGCCCCCCCCCUGCCCCCUCACCGUUCCCUUCGUGACCAACAAACUGUGCAUAAUCAUGACCCCACCCCCAACCCCCCACCCCCAUGUAGUUUACGAUAAUAAGAAGAAAGAAGAAUAAUUGACUAAGAACAAUUAUGUUGUUGAUGAAUGAUUUUUAUUAUAAAUGAAAAAUAAAGAUAUUUACAAGAAGUCAGUAUCAGAAUUGAUCGAUAAUGGGUUUUUCGUAGCGGUAUUUGAAAGCGGGCGUCGGAGAUUUUUGAUACGUUUACUUUUUUCGCCUGACCGAAAACGAGCGCAGGCUUCGACAUGGCGAACAAUCUCAUGUCAUGAUUUUUCAAUUAAGCAGGCUGCUUCCAGCUUACUCGGAUCUGUGAUAGUCAAAGCAAGAAAAUGUAUCCUUUUUCUCUUCAUUCCGAAGACAUCAAAUACAUAUCUGUAUUCAUUAGGGAAUGAUUCUUUUUUAAUACUACAUUACGUUUAUUUAAUUGUUAGUGUUACGCAUGGAAGAAAGAGAAAGAGAGAGAGAGAAAGUGAUCGAGGCGAAAGAAAUAAAAUAUGAAAGAGAGAAAGAGAGAAAGAGAGAGAGAGAGAGAGAAAAAGAAAAAAAAGAAAUUUUUUUCGAAGCAGCUUGAGGCAAUAUUAAGCGAAUCGUGACGUGUAGCUACGAGAGCGUCGUGCGUUUGUGAUAACGUAAUUAGAAGUUUUAAGAUGUGGCAAUGAU